AUGUCAUCGGCCAGCAUUGACUUUGACACUGACACUCUUCUAUCAGCUAAAUAUAAUCGGGCUGCCAGUCAGAAAUUCUACAACCAGUUAAUGACCACUUCAUCGACAUUCCGACCGCAGUUCUCUUCAGAACUGCCCGUUAUGCUUCAUCGCAGUCCAUCCGGAGCGAAGCGAAAAAUCCGUCAACGACGAGACGAAAAUGGCUCAGUUCAUCGACCGUUCAUCAACCCAUCGUCUUCGAACUCAUCACCUUCGGAGUCUUUGAACUCAUCAAAUACUUCCUGCAUGCAGUCCGAAGAUUCAACAUACAGAUCUCUUAUAGAUUCCGGAUCAUAUCAAUCUAUACUGCCUGAUAUCCAACCACCUCAACCCAGAUUACGAACGUCCAUAUCAUCAUCUAUGAGUUCUUUGGAAAUGUCCUGCUCAUCUUCAUCCACGUUGUCAAAUUCUUCUACUCAGUGUCAUUCAAAGCCUACGGUUCAAGUUCAUCCAAUGCCAAUGGAAGAGCGUUCCUUAUCGAAAGAGGAGCUACCACCAGCUCGUAAAGAGAAACCUUUGGUGCCAGCAAAGCCUAAAGGUCUUCUUGUCGAUCAUUUAAAUCGCUCAACAUCAUUAUCAUCUCUAUCAUCAUAUCCAAAUACGUCGUCUUCAGCAUUUUUAUCUAAUUUAAUCGGAUCUCCAUCACUCAUUUCCCUACAGGAAGCUUAUGAGAAAACAUCCCAAGAAAAUAGCCAUGAAUUUUUGAAAUUAGAAGAACGUAGACAAGAGUCAAUAUCUCAGGUAUCUCGUAGGAUUACAACCUUCAGAGAAACCAAAGAGGAAAUCGAAGAGGAACAAGAAGUAAACGAACAGCUGGGCAAACGCAUUCUAGGCAUCAUUGAACGCAAAGACCCCAUCUUAGCUAACAAGUUACGACGCCAUUUGGAAAACAAUACAGAACUGGUGCGAAUGGAAACAAAAUUAGCAUAUCAGAUGGAGAAGGUCGUCAACCAUCUGCGUACGGCAACAUCUGAUCAGAGUGAUGCGCUGUUGGAGGAAACCCAUCUGCGACGUCGCCUGAAGGACGCUAAUGUUUUACGUAACAUCUACGAUCGUCGGGAACGUGAUUUAGAUUGCUUAUUGCUUCGGGUAUUGACUGAUGAUGAAUACAGAAUGUGGGAUUGUUACAAAGAUAAAUUGACGAAUAUCAUAAGAGAUGCCAAAGAUAUUGAUGAUCGCUUGGUUGAUUCUAAGAAUCACUUGAAUAUUUUGAACUCAGCUCGGUCCAGUUGA